CUGCUGGGCAAGCUUGUGCGCGGGCUCGACGACCGCGACACAGUGCGUCUCAACACCAAACUCUGAUCCCAUCGUGACCCUUCUCUUUCCGCUCCCGUCCCUGCAUGCUGCCGAGCAAAGGCUGAACAAAAUUAACCCCCCCCAACUCCCGGGCCCCUCCUGCUCGUGCAAUGCCUACACCGCUGGAAAUUUACCUCGUAACCUUUAACUGCGCGCGCUCAUUCAUCGAUCCCGCCCUCCUGGGCCCCAGCCUUUUUCAAGCAUGGCCGAGAGACAGGGCCUCGCUGCCUGACGUCGUCGCCUUCUCGCUGCAGGAGGUCGCCCCCAUCGCCUACUCUUUCUUGGGCCCGGGCUGGAUAGACGCCUACCUCCGCAGGAUCGAAGAAAGCGUGGCCGUUGCGAGCAGCAGCAAGGGCGUCGCGUACGCCAAGGUCGCAGUGCACAAUGUCGGCAUGACGGCGGCCAUGGUCUUCGUCAAGAGCGAACUGAGCAGCACAGUGACCUCCGUUGAGACCGCGGGCGUGGGAGUGGGCUGGCUCGCGAUGGGCAACAAAGGCGGCGUUGGCAUCCGUCUGACCGUCGGCGGCGCUGAGCUCACCUUCGUCGCCAUGCAUCUGGCACCCAUGGAAGGCAUGGUGCUGCGCAGAAACCAGGACUGGCAGGACAUAUGCCGAGGCCUUGUCUUCGACGGCGACGCGAAGGCCGCCAGCAGAGGCACCGAGCGGGAACCGCUGCUGCUGGCCGGCGCAGGACGUCCGGCGUCCGGCCUGUACAAGCCAAAGAACCACAUCUUCCUCUUCGGCGACCUGAACUAUCGCACCUCACAUCUGUCGCCCGCGCCCCUGGCCUACAAGACGUUCCCGCAGCCUGCGUCGCCGUCGGACUCGCCCAGCGACCGCGUACCUCUGCCCGACCUGCUGGCACGCGACCAGCUGACGCAGGAACGGCUCGAGGGCCGGGUCUUGCACGGCUUCUCGGAAGCGCCCAUCACCUUCCCACCGACGUACAAGUACUCGCACGUCCGAUCGAGUCAGCCAGGCCCACAGGCUGCAAAGGCGGGGAGCCCGGCUGCCGAAGGGGACAGCGACGCCGCCACCGCCGCCGCCGUCGUGCAGGAGCCCUCGACAUGGACCUGGGCCAGGCAUCGGUGGCCCUCGUGGUGCGACCGCAUUCUCUUCUACCCUCCCGUCGGCAUCACGCCUGGAAUGUACACGGCGCUGCCGCUGCUCCCGUCCAGCGACCAUAGGCCCGUGGCGCUGCACGUCACCCUCGAUCCCAAGACACAGGAAGAGGUCGUGCCGAACGACCUGCGCAUCACGCCGCCGUUCGAGCUGGACCAGCAGUGGAGAGCAAGAAGGGCAGCGGCAAGGAGGUACGAACUGGCCGUCGGAGUGGCCAGUUGGAUCGCCCUGACCGGCGAGGGCAAUAUGACGGUCGCCUGCCUGCUGGGCGGCGCGCUGUCGCUGUAUUUUCUCUUACGAUUGUAUGGCCAGGGCACGUAGAAAACAUAGUACACAGCUUAGAUGAUACACAUCACGUAGAGACGUCGCACCGUGACCGAGCCUUGAUUCGAGUCACGCAAUCAAUCCAAUACUGCUGUCCUCUGUACA